UCUCCCUAUCCCUUUUUCCUCUCUUAUCUACUUGUUUGUAACUAACAUUACCUUAAUGAAGGUAUAUAUGUUACACCAACUCAAUUAUUGUUAUUAAUUGAUGAUCAAAUAAAUCUAAGACGAUGGCAACGGGGACUUAUGUUCGAUUAGCAAAGGAUCAAGAAUCUUCAUUGAAAAAUAUUACUCCUGGCGAGCUUAAUCAACCUAUUGAUGUCCAAAAGGAUUCACCAUGUGAUCCAUGUAUGGUACAUUGUUGUUUACAUUGGUGUGCAAUGUGUCAAGAACACAGAGAGAUGAAGCUUCAUUUAUCAUGUAAUGAUAAUCCAACAACAACACUUGUAGAUCCACCUCCACUUCAAGAGAUGACCACUACAACUCAAAAUAAUGAUGAUCAGGUUGUAGCUGAUUCUUCAGGCAAAGAAAUUGUACCAUAUGAAGAUUUGGAGAUAGAAUCCCCCUAAA